AUGGCUCACCCGGUUUUCUCGGUCUUGAUCGAGGUCGAGGACGAUAAUUCAUCGCCUGCCUCUUCUCCCGAUCAAUACAUCGAGGUGCCUGAUAUCUCGUCCGAGGAAAUAAUUACGCCCGCCGAGGCAUACGAUAGCGAAUUGAUCAGUCAGUAUUCCCCCGAAAGAUUGAGGUUUAUCCAGGAUUGCUCGAAGAAAACGAGGUCGAAAUGUGGAGUUGAGGUAUUCAAGAACAUGGUUCUUGAUCGACCGGUUUCGAGAGACUGUUGCAAAGAUCUGUUGAACAUCGGACAAGACUGCCAUCUGGUUUUGGUUCAGUUUAUUUUCUCGACAUAUGAGGUGAAACACACCCCUUCAUUGACGGUCGCAAGGAGCAAGCAGACGUGGAACACGUGUGUUAAGAUGGUCGGAGAUGAGAUGGGUGCUCCUGUGUCUUUGGAGACCUGAUUUUGG